AUGUCUCGUAUCGGAAAAAAGCCCGUUGCCAUUCCCGAAGGCGUCACCGCCUCGGUGGACGGCAACACCGUCACCGCCAAGGGCCCCAAGGGCGAAUUGUCCUAUGCGGUCAAUGAUGAGGUGCUGGUGGCGAUGGAAGAGGGCGCGAUCAACAUCACCCCGCGCGACGAUUCCAAGGAUGCGCGCUCCAAAUGGGGCAUGUCGCGCACGAUGAUCGAAAACAUCAUGACCGGCGUCAAAACCGGGUUCGAGCGCAAGCUGGAAAUCAAUGGCGUGGGGUAUCGCGCCGCCAUGCAGGGCUCCAAGCUGCAGCUCGCUCUGGGCUUCAGCCACGACGUGAUCUAUGAGCUGCCGCAAGGCGUGUCGGCGGCAACGCCCAAGCCGACCGAAAUCGUGCUCAACGGCAUCGACAAGCAGCAGCUCGGCCAGGUCGCCGCGGAGAUCCGCAAGUUCCGUCCGCCGGAGCCUUACAAGGGCAAGGGCGUCAAAUAUGCGGAAGAGACGAUCGCGCUGGUCAAGCGUGCGCAGCGCGUCCGCCGCCAGCUCAAGAAGGUCUCGGACGGCCGGCCGCGCCUGUCCGUCUACCGGUCUUCGAAGAACAUCUAUGCGCAGGUCAUCGAUGACAGCGCCGGCAAGACGCUUGCCGCCGCAUCGACGCUCGACGCCGAUCUGAAGAAGGCGCUGAAGACGGGCGCCGACACCGAUGCCGCCGCCGCCGUCGGCAAGCUCGUCGCCGAGCGCGCCACCAAGGCCGGCGUCAAGGACGUUGUCUUCGACCGCGGCGCCUAUAUCUUCCAUGGCCGCGUGAAGGCCCUGGCCGACGCUGCCCGCGAGGGCGGCCUGAUCGCGGUGGCCGCGGGCGUGACCGCCGGCGUGAUCGCGAAGAAGCCGACAGUCGUCAAGGGCGGCCGGCGCUUCGGUUUUGCCGCGCUCGUCGUCGUCGGCGACCAGAAGGGCCGCGUCGGCUUCGGCCAUGGCAAGGCGCGCGAAGUGCCCGAGGCGAUCCGCAAGGCCACCGAAAGCGCCAAGCGCGACAUGAUCUUCGUGCCGCUGCGCUCGGGCCGCACGCUGCACCAUGACGUCGAAGGCCGUCACGGCGCGGGCAAGGUCCUGCUGCGCGCGGCACCGGCCGGUACGGGCAUCAUCGCAGGCGGCCCGAUGCGCGCUGUCUUCGAGACCGUCGGCAUGCAGGACGUGGUUGCCAAGUCGCUCGGGUCGUCCAACCCCUACAACAUGGUCCGGGCGACGUUCGAUGCGCUCAAGCAUCAGAUGCAUCCCAAGGACAUCGCCGCCCAGCGCGGUAUCAAGCACUCGACGCUCCAGGCGCGCCGCCGCGAGCUGAUCGGCGCCGAAGAGACAAAGAUCAUGGCUGAGAGCAAGAAGGGCGCAACGAUCACCGUCGAGCAGAUCGGCAGCCCCAUUCGCCGCCCCGCCGAGCAGCGCCAGACGCUGAUCGGGCUGGGCCUGAACAAGAUGCACCGCCGCCGCACGCUGGAAGACACUCCCGCCGUGCGCGGCAUGAUCCGCAAAGUGCACCAUCUGGUGCGCGUCGUGGGCGCGCGCAAGUCGCGCUCGCGCGUCGGCCGCGGCAUCGGCUCGGGCAAGGGCAAGACCGGCGGCCGGGGCGUCAAGGGCCAGAAAUCCCGUUCGGGCGUGUCGAUCAACGGCUAUGAAGGCGGCCAGAUGCCGAUCUACCGGCGUCUGCCCAAGCGCGGCUUCAACAACCCGUUCCCGACCGACUACAACAUCGUGUCGAUCGCCCGGCUCGAACAGGCCGUCGAGGCCAAGAAGCUCGAUGCCAAGAAGCCGGUGACGGCCGAGGCACUGGUCGAGGCAGGCGUGCUGCGCCGCGCCAAGGACGGCGUCCGGGUUCUGGCCGAUGGCGAAGCCAAGACCAAGUUCGCGCUGGAAGUGGCCGGCGCGUCCAAGGCUGCCGUCGCCAAGAUCGAAAAGGCCGGCGGAUCGGUGACGAUCCUCGCGGCCAGCGCCUAUCUGCGACCAGACCCGCGAGCGCGGUGCCCGACCUUCGGCGAACGCGUCCCAAGACGGAGACUGUCCAUGGCAUCUGCUGCUGAACAGCUGGCUGCAAACCUCAACUUCGGCGCAUUUGCCAAGGCCACCGAGCUCAAGAAGCGCAUCUGGUUUACCCUCGGUGUUCUGCUGGUCUACCGGCUGGGCACCUACAUCCCCAUUCCGGGCCUCAACAUGGAAGCCUAUGCCCAGGCCUUCGCCAACCAGGCGGGCGGCAUUCUGGGCAUGUUCAACAUGUUCACCGGCGGCGCCGUCGAGCGCAUGGCCGUGUUCGCGCUCGGCAUCAUGCCCUACAUCUCGGCCUCGAUCGCCGUCCAGCUGAUGACCUCGGUUGUCCCGACGCUCGAACAGCUCAAGAAGGAGGGCGAGCAGGGCCGCAAGGUCAUCAACCAGUAUACGCGCUAUCUGACGGUCCUUUUGGCGACACUGCAAUCCUACGGUAUCGCCGUGGGCCUUGAGAGCGGCGCCAACAUCGUCGCCGAUCCGGGCUGGUUCUUCCGCAUUUCGACCGUCAUCACGCUGGUCGGCGGCACCAUGUUCCUUCUGUGGCUCGGCGAGCAGAUCACCGCGCGCGGCAUCGGCAACGGCGUCUCGCUGAUCAUUUUCGCCGGCAUCGUCGCGGGGCUGCCGGGCGCCGUCGCGGGCACGCUGGAACUGGGCCGCACCGGCGCCAUGUCGACGGUCUUCAUCAUCACGAUCAUCCUUCUCGCCAUCGCCGUGAUCGCCCUGAUUGUCUUUGUCGAACGCGCGCAAAGGCGGCUUUUGAUCCAGUAUCCCAAGCGCCAGGUCGGCAACCGCAUGUUCCAGGGCGACACGUCGCACCUGCCGCUGAAGCUCAACACGGCCGGCGUCAUCCCGCCGAUCUUCGCCUCGUCGCUGCUGCUGCUGCCGGCGACGCUGGCCGGCUUCUCGGACACGCGCGACCUGCCCGAAUGGGGCACCGCCAUCCUCGCCGCGCUCGGCCACGGCCAGCCGCUCUACAUGCUGUUUUACGCGGGGAUGAUCGCGUUUUUCGCCUUCUUCUACACCGCGAUCGUCUUCAAUCCGCAGGACACCGCCGACAAUCUGAAGAACCAUUCGGGCUUCAUUCCGGGCAUCCGCCCGGGCCAGCGCACGGCCGAAUAUAUCGACUUCGUGCUUACCCGGAUCACCGUGGUCGGCGCGAUCUAUCUCGUUCUGGUGUGCCUGUUACCCGAAUUUCUAAUAGCGGGCACGGGCGUGCCGUUCUAUCUCGGCGGCACGUCGCUGCUGAUCGUCGUCAGCGUGACGCUCGAUACGGUCGCGCAGGCACAACGGCUCGUCGAGCGCCACGGCAUUCCGCAACUGUCGACCGGCGACAUGCUGCGUGCCGCCGUCGCCGCGGGCACAGAGGUCGGCCUGCGCGCCAAGGCGAUCAUGGAAGCGGGCGAACUGGUCUCCGACGACAUCGUCAAUGCGAUCGUCUCCGACCGGAUCGAUGAGCCCGAUUGCGCCGACGGUUUCAUCCUCGACGGCUAUCCGCGCACGCUCGCCCAGGCCGAUGCGGUCGAGGCGAUGAUGGAGGCAAAGGGCAUGGCGCUCGAUGCCGUCAUCGAACUGACCGUGGAUGACAAGGCGCUCGUCGGCCGCAUCGUCAAGCGCGCCGAGGAGGCUGCCGCCGCGGGCCAGCCGGUGCGCAAGGACGACAACCCCGAAGUGUUCGACGAGCGUCUGCGCGAGUAUUAUAAGAAGACCGCGCCGCUGCUCGGCUACUAUUACGCCAAGGGCAAGCUGCGCCCGGUCGACGGCAUGGACUCGAUCGAGGGCGUGACCGAACAGAUCGCCAAGGUGCUCGACAGCAAGCGCGUUGUGAUCGCGCUGCAGUACAUCCACGGGAUCGGCUCGAAAUUCGCGCAGGAAAUCGUCGAGAAGAACAACAUCGACCCCUCGCGCCGCGUCAAUGAACUGACCGACGCCGAGGUUCUGGCGGUUCGCGAAACCAUCGACCGCGACUAUCGCGUCGAGGGUGAUCUGCGCCGCGAGACCUCGAUGAACAUCAAGCGUCUGAUGGACCUUGGCUGCUAUCGUGGCCUGCGCCAUCGCCGCAACCUGCCGGUGCGCGGUCAGUGGAGCCGCUGGCAUUACGGCGGUGCAGAGAUCGAAGGACUGAAGAUGGCAAAAGAAGCCACCCGCGUUCGCCGUCGCGAACGCAAGAACAUCAUGUCGGGCAUCGCCCACGUGAAUUCGACAUUCAACAACACCAUGAUCACCAUCACCGACGCGCAGGGCAACGCGAUUGCCUGGUCGUCGGCGGGCAUGCAGGGCUUCAAGGGCUCGCGCAAAUCGACCCCGUUCGCGGCCCAGGUCGCCGCCGAGGAUUGCGCCCGCAAGGCCCAGGAACAUGGCAUGAAGUCGCUUGAAGUCGAAGUGUGUGGCCCCGGUUCGGGCCGUGAAUCGGCGCUGCGUGCCUUGCAGGCUGCCGGCUUCACCAUCACCUCGAUCAGGGAUGAAGACGCCGUGAUACAGAAGAAUUGGCAGGAACUGAUCAAGCCGAACAAGGUCGAGUUCAAGGGCUCGGGCAACAAGAUUUCGCUCGUGGUCGAGCCGCUCGAGCGCGGCUUUGGCCUGACGCUCGGCAACGCGCUGCGCCGCGUGCUGCUGUCGUCGCUGCGCGGUGCCGCCGUGACCGCCGUGCAGAUCGACGGUGUCCUGCAUGAGUUCUCGUCGAUUGCCGGUGUACGCGAAGACGUCACCGACAUCAUCCUGAACAUCAAGGAAAUCGCCAUCCGUAUGGAAGGCGACGGCCCCAAGCGCAUGGUCGUGCGCAAGCAGGGACCGGGCACCGUGAUCGCCGGCGAUAUCCAGACGGUCGGCGAUGUCGAGGUGCUGAACCCCGACCACGUGCUGUGCACGCUGGACGAGGGCGCCGAAAUCCGCAUGGAAUUCACCGUCGAUGCCGGCAAGGGCUAUGUGCCCGCAGACCGCAACCGCGCCGAAGACGCGCCGAUCGGCCUGAUCCCGGUCGACAGCCUCUAUUCGCCGGUGCGCAAGGUUUCCUACAAGGUCGAGAACACCCGCGAGGGCCAGGUUCUGGACUAUGACAAGCUGACCAUGAACGUCGAGACGGACGGCACGCUGUCGGGCGAGGACGCGGUGGCUUAUGCCGCGCGCAUCCUGCAGGACCAGCUCGGCGUCUUCGUCAAUUUCGAGGAGCCCGAGCGCGAGGCCGCCGAGGAACAGGUGCAGGAGCUGGCGUUCAACCCGGCACUGCUCAAGAAGGUCGACGAACUGGAACUGUCGGUGCGUUCGGCCAACUGCCUGAAGAACGACAACAUCGUCUAUAUCGGCGACCUGAUCCAGAAGACCGAAGGCGAAAUGCUGCGCACGCCGAACUUCGGCCGCAAGUCACUCAACGAGAUCAAGGAAGUGCUCGCAUCCAUGGGCCUGCAUCUGGGCAUGGAAGUGGCCGCAUGGCCGCCCGAGAACAUCGAAGAUCUCGCCAAACGCUACGAAGACCAUUACUAA